AUUCUGGGGUCUCCACAGCUCCUGUCUCCACACUAAGGACCGGAAAAAUGAACACACCCGGAUGAGGCUGGAUCUGUGCCUGAGGGGGUGGAGAUGCGGCUCGUAUCUAGGGUGGAAAGUUAUUCCGAUGAUUUUUCGCACCAGUUGGAGUGCAGGAUUGGAUGGGAUAGGGUACCGGAUGUGGCUAACGUUCCGCCAUGGAGGGGUCCGCGUCACAUGGUCGAUAUGGCCUGUGGAUUGUACAUGGCGGAUGGAAUGGCAGAGGUAUUCGGUGGUCUGGAAGGGCGAGGCAGUACCAAUUUUCCGUCCAGGAAGGAUGACAGGGUUCCACGUUUGAUGAAUGAAGGACGAAAUCCAGGACGGGUUACGCGUCUUGCAAGGUCAGAUACCAGUCCGUCAUGUUACGAUAUCACCAGAUGUCUCAAAAUAUUCAAGGCCAUGCCGCACUCGCAUACCGGGUUCCUGGUACAUCACGGAGGAUUGGUGUCAUGUGUCUCGCAGGUCAACGGUUCGAGUUGUAUGUCGUCCCUGCAUCAGAACGAUGAGGGCUGACUCAAACUGCGAUGUUAUCUGCUUGUAGCAACCGUUCGGUCGGCAGCCGCCCGCGGAUUGUAAAUCACCACCAAGAUCCAGAGGCACGAGUCAAGCUCUGCAGGUCUGUGGCUUAUCAUCCCGCUGCGCACACUAGCUUCUCACACGCUCGAACGCCAGCGACAUCCUCAGCAUGUGUGCAAUCCAUCCUUAUCGCUAUACAUCAUCUCCUUGCAGGCUGCUCAGCGUAUCAACAGCCUGUAAUACGCACGUUGCGACGAAGGGGUGUCCAGCAGUGUAACUAUAAGAUUCUCACAUGCUACAGAUAACUUCGACGCACCUCCACAUCCAGAC